GUCUUAGAUAAAGAGCGAACGAACGUUCAGAUCAUCAGAUGUUUUACAAUUUACAAUGUGGCUAUGGUGACUAUUCCUAUUCCUGCUACGUGUUCGAUCCGAUCGCACUGAUUCUCCAGUGUAAACAUCAAAAUUAGAUAGCAAAAUAUUCAUAAUUUGUCAAAAUGGAAAGGUGGAUGCGUAAUAAAUUAAGCGAAAUUUUGGAUUUUCCCGUCACAGAACAAUUGAUAACGCACAUAACGUCAAUGGAAAAUGUACGGGACGUGGAUGAAUAUUUGCGAUCUUUCUUAGAUCCUAACAAUGUAAAGCAUACACAGUUUAUUGAAGAUGUGAAAAAACAGAGAGUAACAAUUGGCAAAGAUCAGGCUGGAUACAAAAAAGCAAAUGAUACUGUUGAUAAUACAAGGAAAAAACAAAAUGAUAAGAAGAAAAACAAGGGAAAGGGAAAAGAGAAUAAAGAAUCUAAGCAGGUACAAGAAAUCGCACAAGAGAAAAUGGAAAAGAAGAAGACUAAGUUUGUAAAUUUGUAUUCUCAAGAGGGAAAAUCAGCAAUUCUGUUCAAAGGUAGACAUAAAUGCAAUUGUGAGGCAACGAAGCAUAAUUUGAUUAACAAUUGCCUGAACUGCGGGAGAAUAGUUUGCACCCAAGAAGGAUCUGGACCUUGCUUCUUCUGCGAAGAACUCGUAUGUUCUCAAGAGGAACAAGCUAUUCUUUCUAACAAUAGCAAACAAAGCGAUCGUUUGCACAAUAAGCUGAUAAACCAUAAGCCUAAUAACAAUGCUCUAGAGGAGUCAAUAAAGCAGAGAGAUAAACUUCUGGAAUACGAUCGGGAUGGAGUGCAGUGUACCAAAGUGAUAGACGACCAAAAUGACUAUUAUCAAUGGAACAACAUAUGGUUACCGGCUGAACAACGAUCGAAGCUGAAAAAGUUAGAGGACGAAAUGCAUCAGAGGAAACACAUGACUCGCCUCGACAGAAAAGUUAAUCUAACGUUUGACUUCAUGGGCAGAGAGGUACGCGAAGAGAAACAAGCCGAUGACAUCGAUGAAAUAAGCGACGAUUAUCUUCAAGAGAUUUCUGAAUCUGUUGAUGAGAUUCAAGGAAGCAACAUUUGCCCAACUAUAGAAUUUAAUCCAACGUAUAUGGAAUCGGAGGAUCGAGAAAUGAAUGUUCAGACGCGAACGUUGAGAACAAGGAUUCCUUCGAGGACGAGCAGUAUUAUUCAAGACAAGGAAUACUUGGAAAUGUCUGAUCCCGGUUUAUGUUUGAGCAUGCAUCAACCUUAUGCUUCUCUUUUAGUGUCUGGAAUAAAAAUCCACGAAGGACGCACGUGGUACUCAUCGCACAGAGGAAGACUGUGGAUCGCAGCAACGUCCAAGACUCCCAAUAUGGAAGAAAUUUCAAAAAUAGAACACGCUUAUCGCGUUUUGAAAGAUGAAAGACUGAGGUUCCCUGAGACUUACCCAACCAGCUGUCUGUUAGGAUGCGUGACGGUGGUCGAUGUUCUACCUCAAGAGGAAUAUAGAAAACGUUAUCCAGAAGGGGAGAGCGAUAGCCCUUACGUUUUUAUAUGCGAAGAUUUCUUCGUGUUGCCAAUUAAAUUUCCGAUACAAGGAAAACAUAAAAUUUAUAAACUGGAUACAAAAAUUCAUCACGCCGUUCAGAAGAUGCUGGAAAAAUGUACAAAGAACACACACGACGUUAAGAAGUAAAUCGUUACACAAUGUAUAUUAAAUAUUUAUUAUUUGUACGUAAUAGAAUAUAUUACACUUAUAUUGCAAUAUAUUA